ACUACACCACUCACUAGCCAGCUACUUCGAAUUAUCAGAGAAGAUCAAACAAGUUCAUCAUCAUCUAUUCCGGUUUCGAAAUGGACUCUUCAUUCCUCCGAAACCCUUACUCGGAAUUUUCUUUUGAGUCUUGCUCUUCGUUCAGCUCUCUGGAUUCUGAGCCCUCCUGGGAUAUGUUCAAUUUCGAUCGGAGUUACAAUCAAGUUCAACAACCCGCUCAGCUACCUUUCAACGAGAACGACUCUGAAGAAAUGGUUCUUUACGGAGUUCUUGCUCAGGCUGGCGCCGGAGACUCCUCCGACGCCACCAGUACCCCAAACCAUAUAAAAGAUCAUGAAGAAGUGAACUCCAGCGCCGCCAUGGAAGAGGAGGAGACCAUGAAGGACGAGAUGGCAUUUAGAGGAGUCCGGCGGAGACCAUGGGGGAAGUACGCGGCGGAGAUAAGGGAUUCAACCCGAAACGGCGUGAGAGUCUGGUUGGGAACCUUUGAUACAGCCGAGGAGGCAGCGCUAGCUUACGACCAAGCUGCAUUUGCAAUGCGGGGCACUUUGGCCGUACUUAAUUUUCCGGCUGACGUUGUUUACCAAUCGCUCGUAGACAUGAACUACGGUUUCGACGAGGGCUCAUCUCCGGUGUUGGCCUUGAAGAAAAGGCACUCCAUGAAGAGGAAAUCAGCGACAAACAAAAAGAAGAAGGACGUUCAGAAGUGCGAUUAUGAUGAUGUUCUGGAAAAUGUGGUGGUCUUUGAAGAUCUUGGUGCUGACUAUUUGGAAGAGCUUCUGGGUAUAUCUUCUUAAUAUCGAUCUGAAGUUCUGAACUACUCCAUCCAGUUUUGGACCCUAUUUUCUAUUUUUUUUUCUAUUUGGGUACGUUUACGAGGGCCACUACUUUUGCUUUUCAUUGAUAUUUAUCCUUCACUCUUUUCUGUAAAUUAUUAUCACAAGUUCACAACAAGGAAUGAGUAAGCUUG